CUCGGAUCUCCCCAAAACCCACAAUUUCACAUCUGCAAACACUGUCUUCAUCCACUUGACUCCUAAGACCCGCCCACACGUGGCCAACCUUUCGCGUUUUUUAAUGCUUUUUCACUGCAGGUUCAUGUGUUGAGACCAACCUUAUAUGGACUGAUCGGACAAGGUAAUGGCUUAUUUCCCUCUAGCACCCAGCAGUAGCACAGUAUCCAUGAGCCACAUAUAGCACUUCAGCCACUUUGGCAUCCUUCCUGGACUUACAGAGACUGAAUCCGCUGCUCCUUGCCUGCAAUGGUGAUCCACCACAGAGGCUGCUUUGACUGUACUUCAGCGUAGAGCGACUCUUUCCUCGUCCUGUGAUUCCUCUUUUUUUUCCCCCUCUCCUGAAAAAUUGCCUCUGCAUAUACAUUUUUUUUUCUCUCUUGUUUGUUUGUUUGUUUGUUUCGGAACAGCGGAUUGUCCGGAAAGCCGGUGCAGCAACUUUCCCCCUGCAUAUUUCCCCCCCACCAGAAUAUGUCGUUGACCAACACAAAGACGGGCUUUUCUGUAAAGGACAUUUUGGACCUUCCUGACACAAAUGACGAAGAGGGAUCUAUCACCGGAGCGGAGGAAGACACGGAGGGAUCGGAGACCACGUCCACGACAAAAACCACUGGAGUUUUGGUGCAAAGUCCGCUAGAAAACGUUCAGAAUCUGCCUUUAAAGAACCCCUUUUAUGACAGUAGUGACAAUCCUUACACGCGAUGGCUUGCUACUACGGACAGUAUUCAAUAUUCAUUGCACGGUCUCUCCGCCAGCUCGCAGGACUCGGCCAAGUCCCCGGAGCCGUCCGCGGACGACGAAUCGCCGGACAACGACAAGGAAACUUCCAGCAGCGGCGGCAGCGACUCCGGGAAGAAGCGGAAACGGAGGGUGUUGUUUUCCAAGGCACAGACCUACGAGCUGGAGCGCCGCUUCAGGCAGCAGAGGUACCUGUCCGCCCCGGAGAGGGAGCACCUGGCCAGCUUGAUCCGCCUCACCCCGACCCAGGUGAAGAUCUGGUUCCAGAACCACCGGUAUAAGAUGAAGAGAGCCCGGGCCGAGAAAGGUAUGGAAGUGACCCAUCUCCCUUCUCCCAGGCGGGUGGCCGUGCCCGUCUUAGUCAGGGAUGGAAAGCCUUGUCACACUCUAAAAGCUCAGGACUUGGCGGCCACUUUUCAGGCCGGGAUCCCCUUCUCGGCGUAUAGUGCCCAGUCACUCCAACACAUGCAGUAUAACGCGCAGUACGGCGCCGCGGCCACGCCACAGUUCCCCACAGCACAUCACUUGGUGCAGACGCAACAGUGGACUUGGUGAGAGAGAUUAUAGAGACUUGGAGGCGCGGUGUAGGGAGUUUCACCACAAAGCAAAGAAAGGAGAAAAAAAAAAUUAAACACAAAAAACAAAAAGACUUUUCAUUUUUGCAGCUUGACUCAUAUAUAUACUACCAUUUUUAUUCGGGGCUCAUGUGUGCGCCGUGUUUACAUGUUUUCGUUAAGAGAACUGGGUCCAAACCUCUCCCUUAUAGAUUUUAUUAAGAAUGUCAAUGCUCUUCUUGUGAAAUCUUUCUUUUUGUAAAGUAUGUUGUGUGUUGGUUGUAGAGAUGUUUUCCUCUCUUAUUUUUUGUUUUGUUUUUUUUUUUCCUUUUGUCCCUUCGUGUUAUUAUCAGCACGUACGAACCACUUUAUAAUUAUAGAAAUUUUAAUUUCUUGCUUCUUUUAUGGACCGAAAAAAAUAUUUAUGGCCAUGAAUAAACACUGGCAAGUUUUCA